UCAUUUCAUAGUCGGCCCAAAACUCAAAGCCAUAAAUCCGUAACGGCGACGGAGCAGGUCGCAUUUCACAAACGGAGUCAGACCCACAGUGGCGGAGGCCGGAGCCGGUGGCCGAUUCUUUGUUCUUCACCAUGCGCAUAAUCGCAUCAAAGCUAACCACUCAUCUGUGCAGAAGGGAACCUGUGCGAACCCUGCAAUUUCGCACUUUUUCAGCUUACGACGAAAGAGAGAUUGAGAAAGAGGCGGAAAGAAAAGUAGGAUGGUUAUUAAAGCUAAUCUUUGCUGGGACUGCGACAUUUAUUGGUUACCAGAUUUUUCCAUACAUGGGGGAUAACUUGUUGCAGCAAUCCGUAUCGCUCUUGCAAGUUAAAGAUCCAUUGUUUAAGAGGAUGGGAGCGUCUAGAUUGGCUCGCUUUUCGAUUGAUGAUGAAAGAAGGAUGAAAAUAGUGGAGAUAGGUGGCGCUCAAGAGCUCUUAAACAUGCUCGGGGCUGCCAAAGAUGACCGGACACGUAAGGAAGCUUUGAAGGCUUUACAUGCCAUCUCACAUUCAGAUGAAGCUGUUGGUGCCUUGCAUAAAGCAGGGGCAAUCUUGGUUAUUAAAUCUACUCCAGAUUCGGCUGAAGAUAUGAAAGUGAACGAGUACAAGUCAAACCUAAUGAAGAGAUUUAGAGAUCUUAGCUAUGAUGUUUCAUCUUGACAAGUAAGAAUUUUAUUUCUUUCUUUAUUAUUAUUAUUAUUUUGAGAGAGAGAGAUAGAGAACAAUAACACUUACUGGCGAUGUGAGGAGGACGGUACUGCAGCCUGACGUCAUUGGAGGGCGGAGGCACCUUGGGCAUGAGAGAUGGAUUGAGGGAGAUGGGAUCGAGAGAGGAACCAUGCAAAAGAGAGGAGGGUGGGGGGAAGGGUUUUGAAAGAGAAACCUCUUUUUUAUUUGUUCAUUGAAAUUUAACGCUACUAAUUUCGAUCGUGCUUUUGCUCUCAUACAUAUUCUUCUUGUUCUCAUGUCCUCUAUUCGUUUUUCUCUUGCUCGUGUUUCUUGUCUAGCUUGCACUCUGGUUGAGGAUUCUAUAAAAAACUUUCAAUCUUGCUUUUCCUAUCAUA